CAGAAAAACAUUGUGUUUUGCUUGCUGUCUGUUUCAUCCAGCUGAAUUUUGAUUCCACAAACCGGUGAUGUUUUUUUCCACGUUUAAACCAAGCAAAUUAUGUUGAAACUAUUACUAGUGCAGUAAGCUAUUAAUUACGAGCAAUGAGAAUAUGUAUCGCCUCGGACUUUUUCUUCCCGAACAUGGGUGGAGUAGAGGAACACAUCUUCAACCUGUCGCAGUGUUUGUUGUCCCGUGGCCACAAGGUUAUAAUAGUGACGCACUCGUACGAUGACCGCAAGGGGAUCCGAUACAUGACCAACGGGCUCAAGGUGUACUACGUUCCGAUAAAGGUGUUCUAUAAUCAGGUCAUCCUUCCAACGAUGAUUUGUAAUCUACCACUGCUGCGAUACAUUCUGUUACGCGAGCGCAUCGAGAUUGUGCACGGGCAUUCCGCUUUCAGUACGCUGGCACACGAGAUGAUGAACGUCGGCAAGCUACUGGGGCUUCGGUCAGUCUUCACCGAUCACAGUCUGUUCGGAUUUGCAGAUUUAUCGGCCGUUGUGACUAACAAGUUCUUGGAGAUUUCAUUGUCUAACUGCAAUCACUGUAUCUGUGUUUCGUAUACCGGCAAAGAGAAUACCGUCCUGCGGGCGAAGGUUCAUCAGGCUAAGGUAUCGGUGAUACCAAAUGCGGUGGACACGGCUCAUUUUACGCCUAACCCAAGCAAUCGCCCGUUGGACCCCGAUCGGAUAAACGUGGUGGUAGUUUCGAGGUUGGUUUACCGGAAAGGCGUCGACUUGUUGGCCGGUGUUUUACCAAAGCUCAAGUAUCUUAGCAAUGUACACUUCAUAAUCGGCGGAGAUGGACCGAAACGGGCCCUGCUGGAAGAGAUACGAGAACGCAACAAUAUGCAGGAUCAGGUUACGAUGCUUGGAGGAUUGGAGCACUCGCAGGUGCGAGACGUACUAACGCAGGGUCACAUUUUCCUCAAUACAUCCCUCACGGAAGCAUACUGUAUGGCCAUCGUAGAAGCGGCUUCCUGUGGUUUGCAGGUCGUCUCUACCCGAGUCGGAGGCAUUCCCGAGGUGCUACCAGAGAGUUUAAUUAUACUGACAGAACCAACGGUGGAAUCGGUUUACCGUGGGCUAAUGCUGGCGAUUCGGAAAGAGGCUGACAAGAGACAGAUCGGAUGUAUGUACAUGAAUGGAGAUUUGGAUGGUUCGGGCAACGGGAGGGAUUCCGCGGCGGGUAGUGUUAUGUGCCCCUUCGAGAGGAACAAUAUCGUGGCCAAUCUGUACAACUGGGACAAUGUUACAACCCGGACGGAAAAGGUGUAUCGGAAGGUGCUGCAGGAGAAAGAGACAACGCUUGGGCAGAUGAUGGUCAAUUGCCUACGCAGUGGCGUGUGGCCCUUUCUGCUGGUCAUUUCGCUGUGCCAUUUGAUACUGCGACUGUUGGAUUGGUGGGUGCCACGUAGACACAUCGAUCUUUGCCCGUUGGACAAUCCCUUCUGGGAGGGUACCGCCGUCGGUUCGAGCCGCAGUCGUCAGUCCUUGACGAGCGACGUGAAAGUGCAUGUGCACCCCGUCCCCGGCAGUUCGAGCGGCGAGUCCUUUCGCAGGAAGCGCCAUAAAUUUGCAUCCUCUUCUUGACGACCUUUGACCGGCUCGAUGCCGGAGGAAAUUUUUUAGUUUAUUGUUCCGCAGUUGGUGGACCUCGAUAGCCAAAUAUUUCAAUUGUAUUAUAAGGACGCAUUUUUACCUGUAAAACCUCAAGCGAGAACAAAGACGGGGCUCAAAACCAAUCGUUUUAAACAAGCGUUAUGUUUUCUUAUGUUUCUAGUAUUACAAUAUUUUUAUAUUCUUUUGUGUAUAGAUAGCCUUAAAAUCUUUCCAAAAUCUACUGGAUAGCGAAUAACGGAAAACCUUUCAA